CACACUCGCUCUAACUCAACAACUCUUUCACACGCAAUGCGUUCUCUGGCGAAGUUUCUCCAGUCCUCCGAACCGCUGCGGCAGGCGGAAUCGCCUGCACCCCUACCUACCGUUGACUCCGACGUCGUCGUCAUCCUCGCCGCGCUCCUCUGCGCCGUCAUCUGCGUCGUAGGCCUCGCCCUCAUCGCCCGCUGCUCCUGCUCCUCCGCCUCCGCCGCUGCACCCGCUCCGUCCUCGCCGCCCAGUAAGGGGCUGAAGAAGAAGGUUCUCCGAGCGCUUUCGACGCUUUCCUUCGACUCGUCCGCAGCCGUGGCCGGCUGCGUCCAGCUGGUCGACUGCGCCAUCUGUCUCGCCGAGUUCGCCGACGGCGAUGAGGUCCGCGUCCUCCCGCAGUGCGGGCACGGGUUCCACGCCGAGUGCGUCGACACGUGGCUCCUGUCUCACUCGUCCUGCCCCUCCUGCCGCCGGGUCCUGGUGGUCCCCGCCCCGCCAUCGCGGUGCGGCGCGAACUCCUCCGAUACCGUUCGCGCCCCCGACGCCAAGGCGGCCGAGUGCGGCAGCGUCAGCACGGCCUCGCCCUGAAACACUUCCCCUCUCUGUGGCGCGAAGCAGGCUUACAAUUGCUGAUGGAAACCAAGUUUGUGCCAUCAGACUUUAUUGGAAGCAGAAGAACUACUAGUAGACUGGAGUUUGGUCUAUCACCAUUGCCUGCAGUGGAGUUGUUGGGUUCACAUGUUUCCACAAAAGACUGCCUUCUCUUUCCGAAUUGCUUUCAUUUACCUUCCCUUUUCUUUUAAUUUGCCUUUGUUUGCUUUCUUUUUUGUGUUGAAAACAAGAAAGCAGAAAUGUUUGUCUAACACAAAUUCUCUUUUUAUAAAUGUGAUGAGAGAUGUGUAAUUUUAGGAUAAUUGAGGCAGGAUUGCAGUGUAAUCAACUACAAAAGAAAUAGAAGAUUUUUUUCUUUUUGGAAAA